CAUGCUCAAGGAACAAAAUCACAACCCAUAACCAAGAUCUUCUAACAAGGGAAAUAGCCAACUUUUCACUGAAAUGGGAGUUAUUAUUGUGAUUAUGUCCCUUUAGUCACAUGACGAGGCGUUAAUUAAUUUUGUGAAAAAAACGGCGGCCGUACAAUUGAAUAAUCCUACGAGGACAGACAUUUAUACACCACCCCGGAUAGAGAAACUUGAUAGCGGCCUAGUUUGCCAAAUACAAUCGGGAAAACCCCAGAUUACCACGAAGUCGGUGGUAUAGAACAGAGAGUGUCUCUGAUAGAACCUAGCCUAUCGAAGCAUUGCUCGUUGCAUCAUUUCCCUUUUGCACCCCACACCGCAAGCUGCACAAUCACUUAGGUUAUCCAGGCUUCUGUGAACGGCAAAGGGUGUUUUAAUAUCUUACACUUUGGAGCUUGGAAAGAGAUGCAUCAGCACAUGAACUGUAGAUCUCAGUCUUCUGCCUGGACUCUCAUUCGAAAAAGUGUUUCUGUUGAUGAAUCAGACAAAGUUGAACGGCGAGAAAAACUGAAACGGUUGAAUACCUACAAGUGGGGGCCCUCGAACCACCACCAACUGGAGACAAAAUAGAGAACUUUACAACUAGAUUAAAAAGUCAGGAUAACCGGCUUCUGCAACUAACUCACUGUCUUCUUUUCAGGCCUUCGGGGUAAAAAAUUCUACCUCUUUGUGGUCCAUUAUGGAUAAGCAAUGUUUACAGAGUAUUCAAAGACUCUUGAAGGCUAUAUCUGGCAAACCAAAAAGAGAACAGAAAGGUACAAAACGAUACCAUAACGUUGGUACACUAUCUGAAUUAAACGUGCAGGAGCAUGAUGCCGUGGGUGAUCAUCAGACACUUAAUGUCCCCUCAACGAAUAGCAGAGAUAUACCGUGGAGAAGUCUGUCUUCGGAAAAAUUGAGGCUUCAAACGUUUUGCAAGUAUCCUUCGGGCGCUCAUAAAUCGGCUAUUCUCUUGGCGAAAGAUGGUUUUGUGUACGUUGGCACCGGCACUACAUCAGAUGACUCUGUGCUAUGUUAUUUCUGCGCUGUGAAUUACUCGGGGUGGUUGGCCACAGAUAAUAUACAUAAUGUUCAUACCAGGUUAUCUCCAAAUUGCCCAAUGAUCACUCUUGUUGACUGCCACAAUGCCCCCAUACCUGUGCCGCAGAAUUGGCAUUACUUGAUAGCCAAACUAUUGAGCCAAAAUGAUAAGUCCGUUAGUAGUGAAUCACCAAAAGGUUCUGGAAAUACAGAGGAAAUAGAAUUUGAAGUUUCCAUAGAAGUGGGUCUCCCAGAAUCUAAGCGGCGUCAUGUCAUUGUGUGUGACAGCCAUGGCCAAUAUCAAAACACAGAGGCCCAGGCUCCAGAUCGGUUUCCGGGGCCCACUCAAACAGCAAGCACAUCUUGGACAGACCUAGUUCCCCCUCAAAGUCAAAGUGACGUGGUCGCUCAGUCUCCUGGCGAACGCAUUGAGGCGAGUGCUGUGGCGAGGGAAGACCCUUUGGAACGGGAUGUCGCUGUCCAGGCAGUCACUGAGAUGGGUUUCCAAAAACACUAUGCCCUGUAUGCUGCAAAGGAUCUCAGAGAUGAAGGUGCCUCUCUUUUUGAUGUCAAACUGUUUGAAAGAUUGUGUGAAAUGCAGAAACGCCGGGGUGAAUUAAUGGAAUUGGAUCCAGAUGAGAGAGUCAAUAUUGAUGAACACUCUGUCAGCGGAGAUGCGGAGACCAUCAACAACCUGAGAGAAGAAAACUUCCUCCUCCGUCAGCGAACUGUCUGUAAAAUCUGUAAAGACAAGGAAGUGUGUUUUGUUUUUCUACCCUGCGGUCACUUGGUCAGCUGUGCUGAGUGUGCCCGGACUACGGAGACUUGCCCGGUGUGCCGACAAGAUGUCCUCGAUUGUGUGCAAGCGAAUUAUAAAGUAUGAAGUAUGAUAAAGUGGGAAGGUAAGAUGUGCACUAUAGCACUAGCUAACACUACCUCAAUCAAAAACUCUAAGUUAUAAGCUCGCCUUUGUUCACUUUUCACGUACUUUUUUAUGCUUUUGCUGCUCUUCGGUUGGCAUACACCGUGCCCUCCGCACAGUUCAAAAACUCUAUACUAUAAGUUAUAAGCAUGCUUUUGUUCACGUUACAUGAACAUGCACUUUUAUGCUUUUGUUGUCCUUCGUCGGUCAGCACGACGUGUCCUCCGCACGAUUCCAAAACUCUAUUUAUAAGCAUGAUGUUUAUGUUCACGUAACUGCUAUGCUAUUGUUGCCUAUGUUUCUUGUAUAUAUUUUAACUUUUAAGGAGGCCUCUGAGUCUGUUACUACGAAAUAAAGUGGAAACUUAAAGUGUUGUACAGGCUAUAGAUCUAAAGGUUAUUUCAACGCCGUCAGUGUCCUAAUGCAGCAGUUUCAGCCUGGCCCACGAGUCGACCCUUUAAUCAAUUAUGAAAGUGGCUCGAUAUGGGUUUAUAUUAGCUAUUUAAUUUAAAACAAAAUGUUUCCCUCUUGAACAGUAAAAUCAACAGUGUCUUUUCUUUUUAUUUUCUUUCCCCCAGAUUAUCUAGAUUGUUGUUGUUAUGAUUUAGAUCUAUAGGCUACUGAAGUAUAUUGUCGUUGAGCACAGGAACAAACAGGUGAACUAAAUGAGAAAGACACAGAACUGGGAAAACGAAACUUUUUCAAUAUUAAAUUUCAAGAAUUCCCGCAUGUAGCCCCAAUAAGAACACUUCCUUAAGAUAAGCGUUUUGAGGCACUUCCCAUGUAUCCGAAUUUUUGGGAUUACCUCAGUUUCAAUUCAGUGAUGGAAUUUACAGACCUAUGUGAUAUCUUUUAAAAAAAACUUUAGUCGUAUUCCCAGUCGCUCCUUGUGAUAUGAGAAAAUAUUAAGAAUUUUAUUAAUGAUAUAUAUGAUAUGUCUUUACAAUUAUAAACCAGCCAGCUACAUUCCUUUACAAAACAUGCUUACUGUCAGUGACCUGUCUCUCAUACGAAGCGACAGUUUGGUGCUGAUGGCGAAGGUAAAUUGGUGAUGCAGAUUAGGUUGUCAAGUUUCAAAGCAGAAUUAAAUUAGAUCUAAAUGUUCAAAAUCCAUUGGCCCGCGUCCUGUUCAUGCCCGUUCAUUUUCUAGUCAACUGUUUUCAGGUCCCCGAAAUUCUUCUUCUUCUGAAAUCACCAAGAUAAAAAAAGUGAGACUUCAAUGAUUCUUUAUCCUUUGAUUUCUCUUGUUGCUGAUUUUGGCACAAAACUCUGAUUGUGGACAUACUCUCCUUCUAUGUGGAGGAGGAAAAUAAAAAUCAGCAGCACAGUAGGCAUUGGCUAUAAAUGAUUAACAGACCCGCAGGGACCGACGUGAUUUCCUUGCCUUGUGUUAUAAACGAAUCCUGUUGUUGUAGACGGGUUUGUCAAGUUAACAUAGGCUACACACUAACUUGUAACUAAGGAUUAAAGAACAUGAUCGUUUUUAUAACAAAGAUAUCUCUAUAAACCACUGCCAUUGAUCAGGUAUUGAUCUUUUCUUUUUCAGUGAUAUUUUUUUUCUUCUCGGUUUUAUCUUUCUUUUUCGAGAUGUUCUUGUCUCAUGGAGGCUGACUACACAUUUAUUUUCAGCUGUACUGGUAAUUGUAACGGUAACUGCAUUUUGAAAAUCAAGGUCACAUAACGUUUGUACGCUCGUUAUAACCAUGCCCUACAGCAUUUAGAUCUAUUCCCGUGCCCGGAGCACCCGCCAACCACCCACAUCAUAUCAAUGAAUUUGUGUGUUAGAAGUUAGAGUAAGGAGAAGAAGUCUUUGACACAGUAACAACCACUUUAGUACACAUACAGGGAUAGAGAAAAGACAGUCAGAAACAACGGAGGGGAAGAGAAGUAGCAGGAUCUACCAGGGUCACCCUCCAACCAACCACACACAGAACCAGACUUUUGAAUAACAUACACAACAUGAACAAGAAAGUCUCUCACACACCACCAAUAUGUAACAAACUAAAACACUCAACUCACAUUCAUCUCUCUUUAUUUUCAUAGUCCCUUGGUAAGCCAAUAUACAACAACAAACAUAGAAACAUGUACAUAUCAAUGGCAUCGGGCACAAAUUGGACAACUUCAACGUUUUCUGAAACCUGAUUUUCUUGCUGCUUUUUUGUGAAGUAGAUCAAAUACAUCAUCUCUAUAAAUGGUGUAAAAGUUCAAUAAAGACAUUUAAAAAUGCAUGACACGUUGACAUGAAAUUAGUACAACAGAAGUGGUCUUUGAUGGGUUUAAAAUAACUUUUAAGCUUCUCCCUAGGAGAUGACCAUUCUGUGCCCGGCGCUAUGAUAUGAUUAUAAUAAUGUUGUCAGGUUAUAUUCUCGACAUGUUAAAACCCUUUUCUU